GCUGCGAAGGUCCUGGGUAGGAUCAGUGUCGCUGCUGCCGCCCGCGACCCCCAUCUGGCCAGUAGUCUCUCUGGCCGACUCACCUUGGCGGCUCGGCAGGAGGCUCUGAUCCCUAGAUCGGACACCAGUCCCGCGCUUAGCGGUUCGGCUGGUGGAGAGGUCGGGCUCCGGGCUCUCCGGUCCCGCCUGGCGACCUCGCCUGGGGUCCUCGCCUGGGUUGGGGCGGGCGGCAGCGGCGCCCCGGCAUGGCCUCGGCGGGCAGCGGCAUGGAGGAGGUGCGCGUGUCGGUGCUGACCCCGCUGAAGCUGGUCGGGCUGGUGUGCAUCUUCCUGGCGCUGUGUCUGGACCUGGGAGCCGUGCUGAGUCCGGCCUGGGUCACGGCCGACCACCAGUACUACCUGUCCUUGUGGGAGUCCUGCCGGAAGCCCGCCAGCUUGGACAUCUGGCACUGCGAGUCCACGCUCAGCAGCGACUGGCAGAUUGCUACUCUGGCUUUGCUCCUGGGUGGUGCUGCCAUCAUUCUCAUUGCAUUCCUGGUGGGUUUGAUUUCCAUCUGCGUGGGAUCUCGAAGGCGCUUCUACAGACCUGUUGCUGUUAUGCUCUUUGCAGCAGUUGUUUUACAGGUUUGCAGUCUGGUCCUUUACCCAAUCAAGUUCAUUGAAACUGUGAGCUUGAAAAUUUACCAUGAGUUCAACUGGGGUUAUGGUCUGGCCUGGGGUGCCACUAUAUUUUCAUUCGGGGGUGCCAUCCUUUAUUGCCUGAACCCUAAGAACUAUGAAGACUACUACUAAACCAAGUCUCAAGAUAACGAAAAAGAAAAUAACCACCCAACAAAAGAUUUAUGUCUUCAUCUUUUCUAACUCACUAUUUUCUAAAACACUUGUAGAGCAUCAAGCAGUUUACUCAGUUGAUUUAAUACCCUUUGCCUUUUGGCUAUCAACAUCAUAACCAGCUUUUACAUUCAUUUUAGGGACCUGCACAAAUUAAGAGAGCUGAUUAGACAUAGGCAAAUGCUGCAAACUUCCAUUAUGUUCAUGUCAUUUUUCUUGACAAGUGAAGGGUCUGUAUGACAGCAACCAUUGUGAGAAACUAGUUGGAAUGAAAAUUGACUGAAUCUUUUAUUGCCUGCAGGGUAGCAGCUGGCAUAAGCAACAUUCAGAUGUUCCUUUGCACUGACACAGAUUCUACUGUUCAGAGCCCUUAUCACCUGUUUAUUCACCCAGUGACUUCACUGGCUAUUGGUUAUUGCUCAAGUGAUCUCUUGAAAAGUGACCUGCUCUUUAGGCAUCUAAUGGGAGUUGUGAAUAUAACUGGUUAACAAUACAAAUUCCACCUUCAAGAAUACUCUUUAUAAUGGGAGGUUAUACUCUGACAAUCAACAUCUCCCUGGGAAGGAAUUCAAGACUUGGAGCCAUGUGUUUUUUACUAUGUGGUUAGAAAUCAUGCCUCCUUCUCAUCUAAAAUGGAAGAAAAUUAAGGAUCUCUGCUUUCCCUGAGGCAAUCAGAAAGAAAUAUGCAUGAGCUACUUUUGUGCCCUUUAAAUAAUUUACCAAACAUUGCAGCAAACAUUUGUGCAUAUGUAAGAAGCUUAAAUUUUUUUAAUAGGUGAACAUUAGUAUAAAUGGUAAUAAGCUGUUUCUUGGCCCUCCACAUAUAUUUACUAAUCACACAUAUAAUUCAUAUUUGCUCUAGUGAAGUGGUUUGAACACUAACCUUGUACACAUCAUCAAGAGGCUUAGAUUGGUAUUCACACUUACUUGCCAUACAAAAGUACAUAUACCUUAAAGCUUUUGCUCUAUGUUCUCUACUGUUUUCACUGGAAAGUGUUAAUAGAAUUGCCUAAGAAGAAAAACUGAAAUGAUAUUAAUCUGAAAAUUAAUGAUUCUUCUGUAAGCACUGUAGUUCAAAAGAGAAUUAGCAAUUAGGAUGAUCACUUUGUGUGAAAUUUAUUAAAAUACCAGGCUGCUGCUAUUUUUGCAAGUAUUUUAAAUGUCUUCAUU